UAUUAGAUUAACUAUGAAACUCGGCGAACUUCGUACCGCCUAUCAGUCAAUGUCCGGCUCUCAGAUUUUUGUGCCGUAAAUCGUCAAAAUGCCAUUCAGACAGUUUGUCCUUUUUCUGGGUCACAUAAAAAAAUAAAGUUGAUGAUUUGUCCGCCAUGAAACGUUGUAUGGAAAAUCCCCUCAUGGGUGUCUUGUAGAGCGCAAAAAGUGACAAUGGGGGUGUUUUUUUAAAAAUUUUUUGUAUCUCUAUUUAAGGGAGUUUCAAGAAAAUUUGAGUAGAUCAUGCGACAAACUUUAGAGGGGUUUACCGAUUAGUUAAGGAGAAAUUUAUGGAAGUUGGGAAGUAACACGUGGAAAAGCUUUGAGCGAAGAAUUGGAUAGCAAGGAUGAAAGAAAGGGAUUUCAUAGAUAUUUAAAAGAAAAUUAGGGGAAACUUCAGGGAGAUUGAAAGAAAGCAUUUGAUACAAUCAUUUCACUAACGCUAACCUAAUGUCGCUUUCCUUAUAGAUUGGCCCAUAUUUAAAUUUAGCGCCUUAUUUGAAAAUGGUGAAUCACAACGCCACAAAAACGAUGAUUCAUUCGGCAAUCGUCAGUUCUUUACUUGGGUGUUUGACAAUUGAAAAUUUAGAUCGUUAAAAUGGUGAAUUAUUCAGAGGAACAGAUGGCCGAAUUUCAAGAGGCCUUUCAACUGUUUGAUAACCGCGGCGAUGGAAAUAUUCACGUGUCACAAAUUGGAGACGCACUCCGAGCACUAGGUCAAAAUCCCACCGAAGCCGACGUAAAGAAAUACAGUCACCAACAUAAGCCGGACGUUCGCAUUUCGUUCGAAGUCUUCCUCCCGAUUUAUCAGCAAAUUUCGAAAUCGCGCACCGCCGAAACCGCCGACGAUUUCAUUGAGGGCCUAAGACACUUCGAUAAGGACGGAAACGGUUUUAUUAGCUCGGCCGAGUUUCGUCAUUUGCUAACGACUCUGGGCGAGAAAUUGACGGACGACGAGGUGGAACAAUUGCUGCAGGGUCAGGAGGAUUCUCAAGGGAAUGUAAAUUACGAGGAGUUUGUUCGUAUGAUUAUGUCGGGGUAGGGAAGUUAAUUUAUUGUUUUAAUGUUUGCAUUUUGAAUGUCAUUCCAUUUUUUGUAUGAUUUUUUGGGAUAUUAAAAACUGACCUGUAGAUAAUAUGUAGUUAUUUAUUGUUGAUGUUAUUUAAUAAAGGGGUAGUCUUUGUA